UAUGGAAUUUUGUAUCGGUAGUGGUGCGGUCACGCUGGUAACCAAUCGUGCAGGAAUAUCUGUCAAAUAUAUACAUAUUGAUAAUAAAGAUGAUAGUUUCUCAAGUAGCGGGAAGGUUGAUCACUUCUGUUCGGUUUGAUAAAAGGCGACUCAUAUGGAUGCGAUCGCAUUUUACCUACUAUCCUUCUUCAUUGGGAUCUGGUAAAAAAAUGAACAUGUUCAGCGCUAUAAAUAAUGCUAUGGAUUUGGCGCUCUCCGAUGACAAAUCAACAUUAUUGUUUGGAGAGGAUGUGGGAUUUGGUGGAGUUUUUCGGUGUUCGGUUAAUCUACGAGAUAAGUACGGAAGUCAUCGCGUCUUCAAUUCUCCUUUAUGUGAGCAGGGAAUCGCAGGAAGGAGAUCUGACUCAUUUGCCGAUCAAUCGUCUGGACUAUUGGCAGCACUUGCAAUCGAUGUAUCAAGGGUUUUGGAAACGCUGGCAUCAAGAGUAUUUGACAUCCCUACAGCAACGUCAAAAGUGGAGCAGCAAGGAACUCAACAUCGCAGUAGACAAUGUAGUCCUCGUCAAGGACUCAAAUCUCCCUCCAGCAGCUUGGAUACUAGCCCGUGUAGUGGAAGCUCAUCCUGGGCCAGAUGGACUUGUACGCGCUGUAAAACUUAAGACGUCUACUGGAGAGAUGACCCGGCCUAUCACCAAGUUAGCUGUACUGCCUAAUUCUGAAACAUUGUUUCAGGGCGGCCCGGGAUGUUGAUGAACGCAUUACAGCCGUUAUUUCAUUUUGAAUCUUAUUCUAUCUUUGGUAUAUGAAAUACCAACUUUGCCCUCUUUAAUGUAUUUUUGUGCUGCGACACACUUUAGAGAUUUUUUAGGACUUAGUGUUAAGACUACAACUGAAAGCAUCGGACACACAAGAAAAAUGUGACAAAGUUUAAUCAUUGAAAUACAGUCCACUCAAUUUGGGAAAUAAAACGUUUUUAUUCUACACCAAAUACAAUAGGGAAGACAUCUUUACUCUCCUAAAUGCCCUUACGGGCCAUUGUCUUUUAGGGACUCACGCGCGCAGGUUGGGACUCAGUAACCACGACUACUGCCGCAGCUGCAAGCAGAUGUUGAAGUGAGUUCUACACUUGAUUUAAGAUUCGGCUAGGUUGAGUUUCACCAUGGGGGUUUGUGUUUUGUCUUGAAUGCUUUGCUUGGACAAGCCUUUCUUAUGGCCUUUCCACAGAUGACAGAUAAUGUAUUGACUGUCAUGUAGGUCCGGGCGACGGGUGAGUAUGUAAGUUUCUUGUGAGAAGUUUUUUAUGGUAGUCCCAGUUAGAUUUCUGAGAUUCUAUAUAGCGAUGUUUUAAAAAGGCGUGUUCGACUCCCACGCUCAACGUUUCAAGGUGAUCGAGCAGAUAAUAUCUACCACUUUUCCCCUAUUUCUAGUGAUGAAAGUGGGGUCAUUACCUUUGUUGCAGAUAAAUAGAUUUGAUGAAGCUAAUCGUUGAGUAACUCAACCGUUUCGUU